AAAUAAAUAAAUAAAAGCACAUCAGAUCACAGCCGUUCAUCCAUCCAAACCGUGAUCACCCACCAGACACACCAAUCAUCGUCAAACGACAAGGUACGGUUGUGUUCUGUUAUCCGCUUAGCGUACGGGAAUUUUUCUUUUGGCACAUAACGACGAUAAUAUUUACCUCCGAUGUCUACGAUGAAUCCGCCGCUCCCACGAUUCCUACAUGAAACACCUCUAUUCUUCUUCCCACCCCACCCCGCUCAUUCACGCGUCUUUCCAGCCUGGCAAAACCCUCCCAUAUCGCUUUCGCGGGCCCCACCAUGCCACACCGAUUUGAAUCAUUCAUGCCAAAUUCCAAAAAAACCCUUAACCUUUUUUCAAGGUAACAAUAUGCCUUCUCCUUCUCUCCCUUUCUUAUCUGUUUAGAGCGCGCACCCCCACCAUGCUACCGACACUCCGUUGCCACACUGUCUUUAUUUUUAUCGUCUUUCUCGUUGCCGUCGUGGGUUUCCCGGCUUGUGAUGGCACAGGCGAGCUCCCGGUGUUCAGGGAGGCACCGGCAUUUCGCAAUGGAAGGGAGUGUCCUAAAACGGCGUGGUCAGCCCUCGACGAACGAGCUCACAGCCCGUCGUCUGUCAUUCACAUCGCGAUGACUCUCGAUGCCACUUAUCUCCGUGGUUCCGUCGCCGGCGUCUUCUCGGUUCUGCAGCACUCGUCUUGUCCGGAGAAUGUGGUGUUCCACUUCAUCGCCACCACGCACCGGCGCUCAGCGCUUCGGCGGAUAAUCACUUCUACGUUCCCGUAUCUCAAUUUCCACCUGUAUCACUUCGACUCGAACCUCGUGAAGGGGAAGAUCUCCUACUCCAUUCGCCGAGCUCUCGAUCAGCCUCUCAAUUACGCGAGGAUGUAUCUCGCCGACCUCCUACCGGCCGGAGUUCGCCGGAUAAUCUACUUCGAUUCGGAUCUGAUCGUCGUGGAUGACGUUGCCAAUCUCUGGAACAUCGAUUUGGGGACGCGUGUGCUUGGCGCUCCCGAGUAUUGUCACGCCAAUCUGACCAAUUACUUCACUCCGAAGUUCUGGUCCAAUCCGACCUAUGCGGCGUCGUUUCGAGGGCGGAAGCCAUGCUACUUCAACACCGGCGUCAUGGUGAUCGAUCUGUGGAAAUGGAGGGAAGGAAAGUACACGGAGAAGCUUGAGAACUGGAUGAGGAUUCAGAAGCGGUACCGGAUCUACGAGCUAGGCUCACUGCCGCCGUUCGUACUGGUGUUCGCCGGCGAAGUCAAGAGGGUGGAGCACCGGUGGAACCAGCACGGGCUAGGCGGCGACAAUCUGGAAGGUUUGUGCCGGGAUCUUCAUCCCGGUCCGGUGAGCCUGCUUCACUGGAGCGGGAAGGGGAAGCCAUGGCUGAGGCUUGACUCGAAGAGGCCAUGCCCUUUGGAUAGCUUGUGGGCCCCAUACGAUCUGUUCCGUCACUCUCGGUUGUUCUCUGACAGCUAGCGGAUGACGACGAUGUUCACCACACGCGCCACCGCUGCCCGCCGACGAAUCACUCCAACCGUUUGUUGUUCUUUGUGAGUAUGAUCAGCGAUCAGUGGACACUGUGGACUGUGUAGUGGAGUGAAGCUGUGAAGCAUACAGAGCGUAAAAAGACGAAAGAGGGCACGGAGGUGCGAAGAAACCAAAAAGGGGUUACUUAACCCGAAACGGCGACGUAAGGAGGUUGUUUGAUGCAUGCAUGGUAUGUACAGCAUAAUAAUGGACAGAAUACGUGCUAUAUUCUUGUCUGGGAAUAACCAAAAAAUAAUUAUACAAUAUAAUUAUUUAACUUAUUCUUGGUGAUUUUGUAAAUUAUAUUGUAUGAUUAUUUGGGUCUUA